UAUUUCAAUUCCAUCUGUUCAUUUCGGGUCUGCAUUAGUUGUUGUCUUCUUCUGGAAUAACUCAUGUUUCCCAUUAUCCUUUUCUUAAUGAAUUUCUAAAUUAAUAUAUCUCUAAAACAAUUUGAAACCUUAUUUUUUGGAUUCAUCCUGGUUGUUUUUGAGUAAAGAAAUUGCCAAAUUGGUUUUCAAAGGGUUUGGUUUUUGUUGUGAUGUAUACAAGAGGGAUGUUCUUCCAUACCUAGUGUGUCUGACGAAAGCAAUCUUCUACAGCCGCCACGUUUUCUUUCUUAAAGCACUGUCUCUCUUAUGUUCUGAUAUUGAAAAAAAGCAAAGGUCUUUGGGGUUUUGUUUGAAGAGAGAGACAUGGAAGCUGUUGUGCAAACCAGGGGGCUUCUCUCACUACCCCCAAAACCCACUGCAGCCAGGAGGCUUCUUCAGCCAUCACAGGCGCUAAAGCAGAGGCUUUUUGCCACAAAACCUGUAAGUUUUAAUGGGUUGUCUCUUUCUUCAAAUGGAUAUCAGAAAUUACCUGCCUUUGUGUCAAAAUCACAUGGGUUGUACCCAAAGGAGAGGUCUUUGCACAUCUGCAAGGCAGAGGCUGCUGCUGCUGAUGGACAGCCUCUGUUUGAGGAGAAGCCUAAGUUCUUGGGCAUGGAGACAGUGACUCUGAAGAAAAUUAUCCCUCUUGGGUUGAUGUUUUUCUGCAUCCUUUUCAAUUACACAAUCCUCAGGGACACAAAGGAUGUGUUGGUCGUGACAGCUAGGGGGAGCAGUGCGGAGAUUAUUCCAUUUCUUAAGACCUGGGUUAAUUUGCCCAUGGCUGUUGGGUUCAUGUUGCUGUACACGAAAUUGGCUAAUGUUUUGCCUAAACAAGCUCUUUUCUACAGUGUGAUUGUGCCCUUCAUUGCCUUUUUCGGGGCAUUUGGGUUCCUUUUGUAUCCUCUCAGCAAUCACAUCCAUCCUCAAGCCCUUGCUGAUAGGCUUCUUGCUGUUCUUGGCCCGAGGUUUCUUGGUCCACUUGCAAUUAUGAGGAUUUGGAGCUUCUGUUUGUUCUAUGUUAUGGCUGAGCUUUGGGGCAGUGUGGUGAUUUCUGUUCUGUUUUGGGGGCUUGCCAAUCAGAUAACUACCGUUGAGGAAGCAAAAAGAUUCUACCCCCUCUUUGGCCUUGGAGCCAAUAUUGCACUCAUUUUCUCUGGCCGAACUGUAAAGUAUUUCUCUAAUUUGAGGCAAAAUUUGGGUCCUGGGGUUGACGGUUGGGCGAUCUCUUUAAAGGGAAUGAUGGGCAUUGUGGUGUUGAUGGGGCUUGCAAUCUGUGGCCUUUAUUGGUGGGUGAAUGCUUAUGUUCCACUUCCAACACGUAGUAAGAAGAAGAAGGAGAAACCCAAGAUGGGAACGAUGGAGAGCUUAAAAUUCUUGGUCUCAUCAAAAUACAUUAGGGAUCUUGCAACUUUGGUGGUUGCAUACGGUAUAAGCAUCAACCUUGUUGAAGUUACUUGGAAAUCAAAGCUAAAAGCUCAGUUUCCAAGCCCGAACGAGUAUUCAUCUUUCAUGGGUGACUUCUCAACUGCUACUGGAAUAGCAACAUUCACAAUGAUGUUGCUGAGUCAAUUCAUAUUUGAUAAAUACGGAUGGGGAGUUGCAGCCAAAAUCACACCCACGGUCCUGCUUCUCACUGGUGUUGGUUUCUUUUCUUUGAUAUUGUUUGGAGACCCACUCACACCUACUCUUGCGAAGUUUGGUAUGACUCCUCUUCUAGCAGCUGUAUAUGUGGGUGCCAUGCAAAACAUUUUCAGCAAGAGUGCAAAAUACAGCUUGUUUGAUCCUUGCAAGGAAAUGGCCUAUAUUCCCUUGGAUGAGGAAACCAAGGUUAAAGGGAAGGCAGCCAUUGAUGUCGUUUGCAAUCCACUGGGCAAGUCCGGGGGUGCUCUCAUUCAGCAGUUUAUGAUCUUAACCUUCGGAUCACUUGCAAAUUCUACACCUUACCUUGGAGGGAUACUUCUUUUGAUUGUGUCUGCAUGGCUAGGGGCAGCCAAGUCUCUGGAUGGACAGUUCACUGCUCUGCGAAGGGAAGAGGAACUUGAGAAGGAAAUGGAGAGGGCAACUGUUAAGAUCCCUGUAGUGUCUGAAAGCAGAAAUGGAUCUGUUACUUCAUCACUGAACCCUGCAGCAGACGACACAUCAAGCAGCUCAUCGGAAACUUCUGCUCCACGCAAUAUAUAGGUACAACAAAAUUUCUUCCAUUCGUUUGCUGAUCCAGGAGAAGAAUAAAGAAGCCUAUGCCUGGUGGAAAGCAAGUGAAAUGUUUGUUGUAAUGUCACUCUUGUUCUUUAGAUAGAAAUAAUAGGGGUAGUAGCUACAAGGGCCAGUAUGCAUGACUGGGUAGAAUUGCCUUCGGAUGGAAAACAAACCCUUUUUUGAAAUACUUUUAUUAUUUUUUAAAAGAAUAUUUAUACAUGAUUUUAUUUAACAAGUCAAUUAGUUUUUUUAUAAAAAAAAAAAUCAAUA